AUGUCGAAACUACUCGGUACUAUUAUUGUAGUAGCUGUGCUGGCGUGUGAAUCUCAUGCAAAGAGGAAGAUCUUUCGUGGAAAUGAUAUUGAUAUUACGCAAGCACCCUAUCAAAUAUCUUUGCAAUAUUUCAAUGCAUCCAGCCGUAAAUAUGCGCACAUGUGUGGUGGAUCAAUCAUUGCUCCUACAUGGAUAUUGACCGCUGGACAUUGUGUUGAUAUGAGGGUUUCUAAUUGUCUAAGAAAGGAAAACCUGCAAGUAGUUGUCGGCAUGACAAAACUCUCUGAACCUGGUGUUUCACACCAAAUCAAAAAUGUUACAAUACACAAGGAUGUGUAUACACUAAACGAUAUUGCAAUAAUUGAACUAACAUCUCCGAUUGAAUAUACUGAUCGUGCUAAACCCAUUCGAUUGACAGGUAAAGAUGUCUCCUCAAUAAUUGGGACGCACUGUCUGGUUCAAGGUUGGGGAUUGAUAAAUAAUAUCACACUACCUGACCACCUACAAUCUACUGGUGUAAAAAUAUUACAACCAAAUACAUGCUCUUAUUUUUGGAAGGAAAUAGUUGAAUCAGAACUAUCUGAAAUUCCGUACAUUUGUGCUUUGGGGGACGACAACAAUGGUUCUUGCCAAGGUGAUUCUGGAGGUGCCUUAGUUUGCAACGGAGUGCAGAGUGGGGUUGUGUCACAGGGAUCACGCUGUGGAGAGUAUACAGAACCAUGGUCAGCAUAUACUGAUGUUUAUCAAAUGCGUGACUUUAUUGCUACUACAACUAACAAUGAAGUUAUAUUUUAACAUUUAUGUUAUAAUGUUGAAAUUUCAGAAAUAAAUAUUAAUGUAACAAUAGCAUCAUGCACUAUUGCGAAUAACAAGAGCAUUCAAA